UCCACACGUCAAAAAAAGACAAACACCAACUCUGGCAAUAAUAAAAGUUUAUCGAUGAACAGACUAAUGAGGCGUGAGGGAUGUUUUUAUAUCUGAACCUCUGAGCGGCGGAGACACCGAGUUAAAAAUUCAUGUCGGUGCGUUUUGAGUCGUAGGUGAGGGCAAGUGACUUAGGCUGAGUUGUUUUUUGGUCUUGGUUUUUAUGAUUAUUAUCGUACAUGUUUUUACUCAAACGGAGCGCAAACUUAUGACAUUUGACACAGCCUGGGAGCGGGGCUGCAAAUGGGCGGCAUAGGUGGCAACCUCUACCUCAGCAUGUUGAAUGGGACUGAAACGCAAACUUUCGGAAAGAACGCCGACAUCAGCAGUCACUUCCACCGCGGCGGCAAGGAUCUAGCCGAGUUCAAAAUGGGGAUUCAGGACGCGAGGUUUUACUACUCGGACUCUGUUCAGAGCGGGCAGGACGCGCUGCCGCUGCCCUACCACUCGGACCAGGCGGUAGGAGGAUACGGAGCGCAGCCCGGCAGGUUUUACGCACAGACCCUCAGCAGCUGCCCGUACGGCGGCGUGCGCUCUCCGCCGAGAAGCGGAGCCGGGCAGGCUUACAUCCCGACGGCAGGAGACGGGUUUCCCACGGGGGGUAAAGACGUGUACUCCCCUUCUCCGGAGAAUUACCCAGCGAGCUUUCAGCACGGGUUUCAGCGGCAGCCUCUCUACCCUUUACCUGGGCUACAGGUGUGCGGGAAGACUCAGGCUCUGCUCAAUAACUACCCGCUGUGGGCCAAGUUCCACAAGUUCCAAACCGAGAUGAUAAUCACCAAGCAGGGGAGGAGGAUGUUCCCCUUUCUGAGCUUCAAUAUCAGUGUCCUGGAUCCUACUGCCCACUAUAACGUCUAUGUGGACGUCGUUCUAGCUGAUCAGCACCACUGGAGAUACCAGGGCGGCAAGUGGGUCCAGUGUGGGAAAGCAGAAGGGAACAUGCCAGGGAACAGGAUGUACAUGCACCCCGACUCUCCCAACACAGGAGCUCACUGGAUGAGACAAGAGGUGUCGUUUAGCAAGCUCAAGCUCACCAACAACAAGGGAAGCACCAACAAUGUGGCACAGAUGAUAGUUCUCCAGUCCCUCCAUAAAUACCAGCCUCGUCUUCACAUCGUGCAGGUAAAGGAGGAUGGCACAGAGGACCCCUUCCUCUCUUCUAAAGCUCAGACGUUCAUCUUCCCGGAGACUCAGUUCAUCGCUGUUACUGCUUAUCAAAAUGCAGAUAUCACUCAGCUGAAAAUAGACCAUAACCCGUUCGCUAAAGGUUUCCGUGACAAUUAUGACACGCUGUAUGCUCCUCCCGACUCUGAUCGCCUCACCCCCUCCCCUACAGAGGGCCAGCAGCUGCUGCCAGGGAGCUGCUACCCCCAAGGCUACCUCUCUGAACAGUACAUGAGCCCCCUGCCCCAGAGCCGCUUCUAUGGCCGCGAGCACAUUGGUAUGGGCCAGCAGCACAAAGACCCAUCCGCAAGCCCCGGUCCCCACAGCCGCUGGUACCUGACACCUCAGCAAGGCGUGGCCCCAAAUCGGCUUGACUUCACUUCCUCCUAUGAGGGGGACUUCUCUGGAAAUGGUUUCUACAAGCCCUUCCCCUUGCAGACAUCUGCUCACCAUGCUCUCAGCUACUAUUCAGAUCAUCCUUUUGCAUCUACGAGCGUGUCUGUAUCGGGAGCCGCCUCAGCAGGUUGGAGCGCCAGCCGGCCCACCCCACAGUACCUCGGUCACCCCACUAAAUCCGGCCCUACUCUUGGGUGGUUUAGACCCAUAUCAUCCUCCUCUUCCUCCUCCUCAUCUUCUACAUCCCCUGGGAACCCCAGGCUGCACCCUCCUCCACUCCUGGACUCUUUUCAGCCGCCCUUGCUGCAGGACAAGCCCAAAGACACUGUGGGCGUAGUGCAAGAGGAGCCUUGGCUCGAACCACCUUCCGUGAAAUCAGCGGACUCGGUCGACUCUGGUCUAUUUGAGGGAGGUGUGGGUGAAAACAAGAAGAGGAGGGUGUCGCCCUAUACGUCCAGCACUGAAAACUCCCCACCCCCGCGCAGUGGAGAGGUCUGUGAAAAAGACAGCAACAGCGAUGCAGACUAUUAUGGUUAUUACACCCACUGAAGAUCUCGCACAUUAUCAUGGUUGCCACAGUGUCUCCAAACACCUUCCCACACUGCCCUCAUUGACACAUUUACUGUCUGUCCAGGAUAACGAUGAAGGGCUGGAACAGUCUCUGGUUUUGCUACAGACAAACUGCAGAACGUAGAGAAGGACAGUGACCAGCCCCUCGAAGUGUCAGACGACUACAGGAACUUUCAAAGUUAGUGUCAAGGUUGGCGUCGAACAGAGUAGAAGUGACUGGAACGCUGGCCUAAAGUGACAUAAACACCAAACAGACAUAAAGACCUGUGGCUUAGGCCUUUGAAACAUCUGGAGAUUUGUAAAAAAAAAAACAACGAAACAAAAAAAAAAGAUGUGCAUAUCUGCUUGCUGACAGACGCCUGCAGCAAUUGUCUGUUCUUUCUGCAUCAAACACUCUCACCAUGUCUCCUUUGGUCUCAUCUACGUCAGUUCUCACCUUCAACCAUUCACACAUCUUUGCAAUAUGUUCACGUUCAUUUCCCAUGACGAUUCUGAGCAGAAAUUAUGGCUUUUCACACAGUGUCCUCUAUCUAAUUAGUGCAACACCCCCUAGUGGCCACAGUGAAGCGCUGUAGGCCAUGGAGUGACAGCAGGCUUGUGUUCUAGAAGGGGAACCUUCCUCAUACAUAUUAGGCCAACAUUUUCUGUGUGUUCCUCUACAUCUGCCAAGAUUUUUCCAACCACAGCAAAAAUCACAAGUCCACACGACUCCAGGCAAUCCAACAUAUCUUACUGGUUUGAAAGCAAAGCUGUUUGAGUAAUAUUUAAUGUUAAAAGUUAUUAAAUUUAUUGUGACACCUCUUUGUACUUUACUGUAACCCUGUAUGCCACUCUAAGUCCAAACCCAGACGCAGGUAAUACAGAACCACCUUCAUCAAUUUCAGUAACUGUCGUAGUCAGGUUUUAAUCAAAACUGAUCAACCCACCAGGAUGUGGUUCACUUUGUCAAACAUUAGUAAGCUAAAUUUUGGGGGGAGUAUUAUAAAAGAGUUUGUGCUUUUGAAUCUGUCAGUCACAUCUGCACUACCCACAGUUCAUUUCCUAGUUGUUGGAUUCCUCAAUUAAGAUGGAGAUGUUUUCUGUCCUGUAUUGUUUUCUCACUGUACACUGACUCCCAGUUAACAAAAUUCUCCAAUUUGAGGAAUUCCUGCUGAUGCAAACACUGUUUUGUGGGUUUCGCAGGAUGUAGCAGCAGAGAUCUGCAUGGUUUACAAAGUGUUGUACUGACUCUGGCUGAAUUUUUCACAUGAGUUCAUUUGGGAUGGUGCUUGUGAUUUCUAUUGAGUUUGCAGUGUGCAUCUUGGUCUUAAAGCAAGAUACUGCCCUCUCAAUGCACUGUGAAGCAAUAUUCUAAUAAGUGGGGCCAUAUUGUGUCUGUAGCAUGCUCAUGGGAACACAUAUUGUAGGGUAUUUCCAAUCGGUUCAAAUUAUUCCCCUGAAACCAAUCAACACAACAGUGCCAUCAAGGUUUUUGGUUUAAAUGAUACCAGAAACUGCAUUAUGGCUUAUGUUGCAUAUUGGAAAAACCUCAAAGGUACAUAAGCAUUAAACUCUUUAUGUUUAACUAAACAAAUUGCCAUGUUUUCCGUAUAACAGUGUCAUAAUCUUGAGGAUCUGGGUUAAUUUAAUAGCUCCAAGUUUUGGUAUUUGUUUAAAUAUAGAAAUAAAGAUAUCGGUGCGCACAUGUAGGCUUUCAAAGUAAUACAUUUGUUAAGAUUCUUUAAGUUUCACUUCCAUACAAAUGGGCAUUUUUUAUGUGAAGUGAUGAAUCUGAACAUCAGAUUUGGUUUUGAAAGUUACUGAAAUUGCUGGACACAGCACUCCUUCGAUCUGAUGUGUGAUGGGCAUGUAGGAGGAGGGAGUUUCCAAGGCGUUCUGACUGUUCUAAAGAAGCAUACCAAGAACUUUUAAGCGUGAAGCUAGUCCUUACCUCGCAAUGUGUCGACGUUGCAUCAGUCAGAAAAGUCCCUCGCUGCAAUCAUAGCGUCACAAUCCAGAAAAUUAUUGCAGUUUUUAUAGAUAAUAUGAAAGAAAAGUGGCACCAUGUUCGCAUUAAGGGAAGUUUGUAGCAAAUUAUUCGGUAUCAGUUUGUUUUCAGCAGCAGUUUUGCAGCUGCAACGGUUUGUCAUAGCAUCUGGAAAAUCCCUCCAUUUUAAUCAGUUCCGUCAACAUCACAUUUUUUGUUUUAGCUUUUGGGCGAUUUAGAAGCACUGAUGAGUGAUUUCAGCAAGGCUAAACUUUUCAGCAGCAGAUUUACACAAACCCAGCUGCACCCUACUUUGCUUGGAUUAAAAAAUAUAUAUGGCAAAGGCCGAGCACCCUGCUUCAUUCAGCUGACUUCAAAAUGCUCCUAUCCACACAUGGCUACAGCCCACAAUCAAUAACAGCACUGAUAUUGAUGAAACAGGACUGGGUGAGGGGAAACGUGAGCGCUUAAUCCACACAGCAGACAUUUAGUGUGCUCCAAAAUUCUAAAUGAGAAUUUGUAUUGUUGCCUCAGUAGUAAGACUGGGGAUUCUUGCUGUAGUUCUCCAGGUUUUCCUCAAUCUGCUGCCAUAAAUUGGAGUAGACCCCUAAAGUGGGUCAUAGAGGAUGACCACACGCACCUGUACUAAAAGAGACAAGGUGCUGUCACCUUCAGACCACAAUAAACAGGAAGCACAAAGUGACCAGACAGACACUCUGAAUUUCCCCCCUAGUCUUUGGGCCUAUCAUGUGGUGACGCCAGCUGACAGAGGCCCGGCUCCCACCCUGGUGACAGAAAUGAAGAGUGAGGCACCAGUCGGCGCUGAUCAGAGGUCUGCUCCUCAUUCCUCACUAGGUGUGCUAAUGGCCUCAGACAACACUAGGGGCGACAGGCAGAUUUUCAGAUUUUCUUCACCUUCAGACAGCACCUGGCCGACUACAUGCAGAAGCUGGUUAACCCUAAUCAGCACCUAAUCAAGUUUUAUAUUUCCCAAAAUCCAGGCCAAUUCUUUCACACGAGCCAAGCUUGACUGUAAAAUAAUCAAAUGAGGCCGACGCUGAGUUUUGUGUAAAUCAUGUUUAACUGAUGCAAAAAAAAAAAAAAUGCACUACAAGAGACUUUGAAACAUGCAUAUAGAUUAUAUAUAUAUGCAUGUUUGGCAAACUUACAGCAAAAUGUGCUUUCCUUGUGGACUGUAUUGGGACAUAAAUGUCUGCAGAAACAGUUGAAUUAGUUGAUAAUAAAAUCUAAAAUCAUCAUUAUUAGUUAGAUGAGUUGGACUCCUGACUUGAUAUGCUUUCUUUCUCAGGAGACAUGCCGCUGUAUAAGUGUGGAUGUAAAAAAUGAGAUCAUUUUUAAGGUGAUUAAUGUCCCUGGGAGCACCUUUGCUUCCUUUGCUUUUCCUAAUGUGACUGUGAAAAGGCCUGUUGCUGUAUAAAUCCUGCCUUUGACCCCUGAAUUUUAUUGGAUCCACCGGAUCUCAUAAACAAUAAUAAACACAUAACGUUCAAGAACAAAUCGUCCCUUAACCAGGACAUUUACAAAACUAAACUCAGUGGUUACGAAGAGCUAAAACCUGAAUCGGUAUGAACUGAAGAAAAAGUAGCUUUUGUAGCAUUUCCAAAAGAUGUAGUAUUUAAUGUUUUUGUUGACAUCUGUCAGAAAAAGGGUGCCUCUCACAUUAACAAAGCUGUACAAUCGCCAGUUCAUAUUUUAAGUGCAAUUAAUAGAACAAAAAUUAGUUUAGAUUUCAGGAUGUUGUGGCGAGAACAACGAGAGAAGAGUUUUAUGUUGACAGUUUGAGUUAUGGAGCUCUUGUUAAUAUAGUACACUGAAUGCUACUGCACCACAUGAGUGUAUGAUCUCACAUCAAACAGCAGAGAAAUGCUUUCAGAUGGCUCAGGAAAGACCCCUGCUGGAUACUGCAAAUAUUACAACCAGCUUCACCCUGACCUCUGGUGUUGGACCACUCAUACCUCCGUUUCCCCUCAGUCUGCAUUCACCUUGAAAGCACAAUUCUCUUAAUGUUUGGAAACUAUAGUUCCAGAAAUGUUACUGUAAUGCAAUGGCGUGAAGGAUGGAGCUCAGACAACUCAAGCAACAAGCAUGUAAAUUUUUGGGUGUGACCCCUGUACACUGAACCGAUCCUCCUUUAUUUAAGAGCUUUUGAACUGCAAUACAGGAAGAAAUAAGAAAGAUUUCUGCUAGGGAAAUGGAAAUUCUUAUUUAUUAAAUGUC